AUGGGGGGAAAAAAAGGACGAUCCAUAGCAUGCCCUUUAGGACCUUCAGCCAAAAGACGAACUCAGCCUACCGUACAAGGAUCAAGCCGGGUAAUUGCUGAUUUAGAUGCCAGUGAGGCGCGCUGGCUAGAACAACAGUCCCAAAGCUUGGCAAAUCGACCACCACCAUCUAACACUGCGAUACAAGAUGAAGCAAUGCAGCCUCCUCCUCCAGACCUAUUCGAUCCUGAAGAAGAAUAUGGCCACCUUUCCGAUAUUAAUCCAGACGAAGCACACCUCAUCAAUCACAACAUCCUGGACGAUAGCAAUGAGGAGCCACCUGAGGUCAACAACUUUGGUGAUUACGUGAAGGGAGCCAAUUACAAGAAAAGCCAGAUCAAAGAGGCCCAAAAUUGGGCCAAGGUCUUUGGUCCAAUGUUUCUCGAUUCCAUGGUAGGAUCCAAACGGACCACUAGCUCAAUGGGGUCGAGAAACUUGGAAUCAUGA